AUUCCACACAAGCAAAAUGGUUGGAACAACGAGAAUGUCUAACAUCGAGUGACAGAAAUCUGAUGAACAAUAAUAUUGUUAAACAGAUCGGCUGGUAAUUUGUUUCGAACGUAUUUUACACUGUUUCGGUACACGGAAUUUUAUACAACUUAAUCAUGUUGAACGACGUGCCGAAAAGAUUGCCACGCAGUUCUGAAACAACUGAGGCUGAUGUUCGUGAAGAUGAGGAACAGACAAAGAGAUUCCAAGAUAUUAUUGAUUUACUUCUGGCAGCUGGGUACUUCCGAGCUAGGAUAAAGGGAUUAUCGAAUUUCGAUAAGGUAAUCGGAGGAAUGACCUGGUGCAUAGAAUCCUGUAACUUCGACGUAGACAUCGAUCUUCUCUUUCGCGAAAAUCUCACUAUAGGUCAAAAAAUAUCUCUGACUGAGAAGAUCGUGGCAAUGCUGCCUAAAAUGAAUUGUCCAUAUCGAAUAGAGCCUCAUCAAAUUCAAGGAUUAGAUUGCAUUCACAUCUUCCCUGUUAUUCAAUGGUUGGUGAAACGAUCUAUGGAGACUCGAGAAGAAACGUCCGAAUUCGUCCGAUCAUUCGCUUUAAGUCAAUUUCGUAAAAAGCAUUCGUUCUCCGAAGACAAGGAAACUGCGCAAGCGACUAAAGAGAAUCUAAUAAGAAACAUUCAGUUAGUUAAGAAAUCGUACGAACCACGGCGUCUUUUCAAACACAAGGAAGGAGCUAAGAGAGAUGAAUCUACUAGAUUUCUUGGCACCGUUUUGGAAUACGAGGCACCCUUAUAUUCUACGAAAAUUGGCAUCGCAAGCGAAACUACUUCGGGCGACGCUGAGGAGAACGAGAAUAAAGCAGAAUUAAAAGAGAAGCAAAAUACGGAACAAGUGACUGGGAACUUGGCUGCUAUCGAAGAAAGCUCGGCUCGAUUAAGCGUAACGACGGUAGGGAACAUCGUCGGUAUCCAAGCCCAGGAGAUCGCAAAAGUAGCCGAGAAGUAUGCGACGAUGUCAACUUCCGAGAACGAAGAAACUAGUGGUACGAGCUCAUCGGCAGCUGUAAUAGCAUUGGAGAAACAGAGAGCCACGCUCCAAAACCGAAUCCGUAAAUUAACGAAGGAGAGAGACGCCCUGUCCGCAAAGCAUGCGGAGUUAACUGGAAGAUUGAACGAAUCGAGAACGAAACGGCAGACCAUAGAGCGUUCGUUGAAAAAGGCUGAGGAAAUGGGAAUCAACGAGAACGACAGUAUUUACAAACGUUUGGAGGAACUUCUGUUGGUGCACGACGGACUUAAAGAGCAGGAACAGAGUUUCCGGGAACAAUGCAAGUACGAUUUGAAUCUCCUAAAAGACAAAUUGGAAGAGAUCGAAAGCGGUACGUCGGAAGAGGAAGAGGACCGUUUAAAGGAGUACGAACAGCAGAAGGAGGCGGUGAUGAAAGUCAGAUUGCAACUAGCUAAAAAGAACAGGGCCAUCGCGUCGUUGACCCGGCAAUUGGAUGACGUUCCUGGUCGUUCAGAGCUCACGCAAUAUCAAAGACGGUUUAUGGAACUUUAUAAUCAAGUUUCGGCGAAGCACAAAGAAACAAAGCAAUAUUACACACUCUACAACACUCUCGACGAUACAAAACUUUAUUUGAGCAAAGAAUUAUCGCUACUAAAUUCGAUUCAAGAUAAUUAUAAUGAAGCAAUGGCAUCGACGAGCGCCAAAGAACAAUUUCUCAAGCAAUUCGAGGCGAUCGUUACUGGCGUUAAACGCAACAAGGAAAAGGUGGAGAAGCGGUGCGGCGACGAGAAAAACAGGAGGGACGCGCUCAGCCGGCAGCUGAUCACUUUGAUAGAGCAACAACGCAAAUACGUAGCUGCGGUCAGGCAACUCACUAUUGAAUGUCGUAAAAAUGAGGCUUUGCUGGCGCAACUGCGUGGAAUGGAUGCAUCAUCUGAACAGUACAAUGCGGCUCAACGUUGAGAGCAAGACUGCGAGGAACUCGAUGAGAUACAUAUGCCAAAGGAUAAAAUGAGAUUAUAGAAGGCACCGUUUCCUUCUUCCUUACAAAGUUAAUUUUAUAUCGAAAUAUCAUGUAUAUAAAAAUGUUGAAACGUGA